UUAGAGAAGCCUUCAUUUAUAUCAAAGUCCUCAAACUAUCAAGAACUAAUGUAUCCAGAAACAUAUACCAAGACGCAAAACAACAUAUUUUCCAUGCUCUGUCUGUAACACCAAAGCAAACUUCCUUGAUCACAAAAGGAUCAAAUUCCAGUACUAAUCUAAUCCAUCAUGUAAAGCAUACAAGUGCCUCCCUAAAUACUAUACUCUUUUUGUUAUUUCCUACUAUACUAUUUAAGUUUGCAUACUCAUAUAGCAUAUGCAAACACAAUUAGAAAUUCUACAAGAUACAAACAACCCCCUCAACUUUGACCAGUGUGUCAAUUUAGUUCUUGAAAUUUAGAUUACAAAGCAAAAUCAAAUCAUACCAUGAAACACAAGCGACUUAAACCUCCAGGCAAAUAGAUAUUAUGAACAUAUAUAGCAAUUUAUAGAACAAUACAUUAAUCCAGAAGAAAUAUUAUGAAAUGAAAAGAAUAAAAAGUAGAAAAACACAAGGAAAGGAAUUUGCACCUGCUCACUUGCAGAUUGCUUUCUCCGGCCGUAGAUGUAACAGAAAUUUUCUCUUAAUAAUACCACAAUGAUCGGGUAAUUGUAAGAACAAGUUGAUUUAAAAUUCCUUGACCCAAAAAAAAAAAAAGUUGAUUUAAAAUUCAGGUCAACCCAUAGAUUUCUCCCCUUUUUCUUCUUCAUCUCGUGGGGCUUGUCUUCUUCUUGAGGAUUGUAUAGGCCAAGGAAAUGCUUUGAGUUAGUUUUUACGCUUUUGCGUUUUGGGCCUUGGAAGUUGGGACCCAAACCAACUUCACAAAAAGAAAACGCUCAGACUAUAAUGAAUGGAAAGUUAUAAGGGGUAAGUUAUAAGGGGUUCACUUUAUAGCCAUCAGAUCAAUCCAAGGGCUGGGGAGAAUUGAGAUAAAGUUUUAAAAUCGGGUAGGUGAGGAACCCAAACCCGAAUUGAAUAUCCAGCACGUCCGAAAAAGAAGAAGAAGAGGCAAGCACGUCCGAAAAAGAAGAAGAAGAGGCAAGUUCGAAGUUUGAACAGAAAAAACUCAUCUCUUUAAAACCCAUAGCUCUGAGAAACGGUUGAAGGCAACGGUUAACGACGGUUAAAGGCAACGGUUGAAGCCACUCCGUUCUCCAGACCCUGAAAAAGUAUUUAUUUUGAGUAGAAGGGGCAAAGGUGUGGAUUCCGAAACAGUGAAGGGGCGAAGCAGUGGAAGGGGGAGGAGAGAAGCCGUAUUCGUUGGAAGUGGUAGGUUCCAUUUGUGGAGCAAAGCAACACAAAGACCCCGCACAGACACCUUGCGAUUGUUCAAUAACCAGCAUUUGGAAAUGGGAUCCAAUGUGGAGCUGGUAUGGCCAGAGUCAGAGGCAUAUUCGUCACGGGUGAACAACUGCUCACAUGCAAAUUCAUCUCUAGCUGCAAUUCGAGCGAAGUUGAGUGCGGAACAAUUAGAACAAUUCAAGACAUCAUGCUUUGGCCAUCUUCUGAAUAUAGAUAAGAUUCAGUUUAGCGGGCAGAUUGUGCAUGGGGUUGUGUUGCGUAGAGUAGCGGGGCAGGGUGUGAAAGACUUGGAUGGACUGAGUUUCUUAAUAGGGUGUGACGUUGCUCAGUUCACUCGUCAAGAUUUCUGUUUGAUCACAGGGCUUCGUUUUGGGGAAGUGCCUGAAGUUUCCAGUGGAGAGAGUGAUGAAAUUAGACUUCAGAAAAGAUAUUUUAUAGACGAAUGAAUUACAUGCAAUGCUUUAGAAUAAACAUUUUUGAGGUGCACAGAGGAAGAUGACAUCUACAAGCUAGCUCUUGUUUACUUUGCUGAGUUAGUGGUUUUGGGAAGGGACAAACAUUUGAACAUCAAUCUAAAUUACCUGACCCUUGUAGAGGACUUAGAUGCGUUCAACAGGUAUCCGUGGGGUUCGGUGUCCUUUGACAAAACCAAAGACAGUCUAUUUUCUGCACCAACAAAGUAUGUGAAAAGCUUUGAAAAUGAAGAGGGAAGAGGGAAGGGGAAAAGUAAGGUAACAGGAACAAGCCGGAGAAAUGAAAAGGGCAAGAAGGAUAAGCAUGGUGAAGUGCAAAGGGGUGGUUGGAGUUUUAAAGGUUUCACGUAUGCUUUCCAGAUUUGGGUAUAUGAAUUAAUUGCUAGAAUGGCAGACCUGAAUUACUGCAAGGUUGUUGAUCCGACAGCUGUCCCGCGUAUUUUGCGAUGGAGAACUACUACGUCUGUUCCUGAGAUGAGAAAGUUGAACAAUUAUUUUUUCCAGAGCAAAGAGUCAGUUCAGUUGCGGGCGCUAUGUCCGAGUGAAGAGGAAAUGAGACAACCAUAUUGGAGUUGGCCACAGGAUCGCCCUGCUGUUGUCUCGGCAGAGUCAAUUCCUUCUUCAUGUGCUGACCUUGAUGAGUUGAACAAGGUGGUAAGCUUGUUGAGGUCCGAGUUGUUUCAAGUAAAGUUGGAAAAAGACGUCCUUGAGUUAAAGGUCAUACGGAUGGAAAAACUUUUGGACCACUGUUUAGGUCCUCAAUUUGAGCAGGAAGUAAGGAGGGACCUAGCUUUACUGAAAGAGAGGACGAAUCUUUGUGUCAUCUCACAUCUAUUUAAGGGAAGUGAGGAAAUGGAUGACAUUCAAUGGGAUGAAGGGCCAAGUAACAGAAAUGAGGGAGAGGAAAAGGAAGAUGAAGGGAUUGAAGGGGGUGAAGGGCCAAGUAAUAGAAUUGAGGGAGAGGAAAAGGAAGAGGAGGGGAUUGAAGGGGGUGAAGUGCAAGGAAAACCAAGUGAGGUAGAGGAAGCUCAAAGGAAAAGAAGUGAAGGAGAGCAAGUGAAAAUAAAAAGCAGUAAGGGAGAGAAAACGCAAAGAAAGAGCAGUGAGGGAGAGGAAGUGAAAAGAAAAAGCAGUAAGGGAGAGGAACUGCAAAGGAAAAGCAGUGAGGGAGAUGAUCCGCAAAGAAAAAGAAGGGAGGGCAAGGAAGUGAAAAGACAAAGAAGUGAGGAAAAGGAAGUGUAAAGAAACCAAUGUGAGAAAGAAGAUAAUGAAGUUAUGUUGCUUGGCGAUGACAUUGGCGAGAGCACAGAGGGGACAAAGGUUGAGUUUAGUCUCGGGGACAUUGAUUUGGAUCAACCUACAGCUGUGCUAUCUCAGUUGAAUGUUUGGUUGAAUGAUAAAGGUAAAGCUGUGGAACAAGGGGUCCAAUUACGGAAGAGGAAGAUGAUCAUUCCUAUGUGGAAGAUCAUUGAAGGUAGUGAAUUGGUUUCAAAAACUUUGGCAGAGACAACCGGACUUCAGAUGUUAGACCCAACGAAGGCGAUUCUGUAUGAUGAUCUGGUGAAAUUGCUGAAACUUUGUUGGGAAUGGCGCCAUAACCCAAAUUUGGUGAUGCAAUUUGGCAACAUGGAAGCUGAGAUUGAAUUCUUCGCUUCCCUCAUCAAAGCUGAUGGUUGGCUGAAAGGAGAUCACAUUGAUUUGGGGUUGUAUCUCAUCCGGAAGCGACAACAAGAGUUGGAGGAAGUAGAAAUAUCGGACUGGACAAUGACCGAUGUAUUUUUUAUGAAUCACAUUCGUACUUGCUUUGCGGAUAAUAAAAGAAAAAAAGAGCAGGUUUGGUGGAAAAUUAGAAACAGUUUACUGAACGUUGUAAAUGGCAAGGUUCCGGCGUGUGAGAUGGAUUGGCAGAACAUAUAUAAGGUGUAUGCCCCUUGUAUGUUGACGAAGUACAAGCAUUGGGUGGCUGUAAUGAUUGAUCUAGUUUUGUGUGAAAUCCAAGUGUACGAUUCAAAGGUUUCACUUAUUCCAGAUGAGAUCUUAAAGGAAGAACUCGCCCCGCUUUCAAUUACGAUUCCAAAUCUUCUCAACACCAUCGACUUUUAUGAAGAAGGUGUUUACGUAAACAAUUGCAGCCGAGAUUGGUGGUGUCCGUGGCCAAUAGAGCGUGUGGAUGUUCCACAACAGUCUAAUCAAGGCGAUUGUGGCAUGUUCGUGUUGAAGUACAUUGAGCUUUUGGGCGCUGAGAUUCCGUUAGCUACUUGCACCUCGGAGAACAUGCCCUUUUUUCGGUUGAAAUUGGCUGCAAAGAUAACACGGGGAGAUGCUUACAUGCCAUGAUAUUGGUUGAACUUGGUUUAGGUACAUGAUGAUUAAAUAGGUUUUGGGAAUGUCCAAUUUCAAACUCAUGUAAAUACACAAUAGAGACCUACGGGUCCUUUUCGAAUUCUACCUCUGCUCCUCUAUUCUUCUUCGUCUUUCUCAAUCUUAGUGUAUUUUUGUACAUAAUUUGAGGUUUAAGUUAUUGGACGAUAACAAUUAGAACCAAAAUAGUGGCAAAUAUUAUAGCGGAUGCAUGCUUUCAUUUU